UAGAUAAGAACUACUUUAGGCCCCGGGAAAGAUAAACACACAAUUUAGGCAAUGUCAGCAGAACUGGACUAAACCAAAAGCAAAGAAGUUUCUAGAAUAAACUGAAUGCUUUGAAGGCCAGCGUAGGAGGGGCAGUGGUUUGGGGACCAUGGUUUCAGGGGACAUCUAAGUCAAUUGGCAUAAGAAAAUCUAUUAAAAUAUUCUGCAUCCUACCUUGGAGAGAGGCAUCUGGGUUCUUAAAUGGUAGCAAGUGGCCAUCUAAGACACAUCAAUUGUUUUCAACCCACCUGGAUCAAAGGAGAAUGAAGAACACCAAGGACACAAAGUAAUUAUGAGCCCAACAGACAGAAAGGGCCACAUAAACCAAAGACUACAUCAGCCUGAGAUGGGAAGAGCUAGAUGGUGCCUGGCUACAACUGAUGAGUGUCCUGAUAGAACCCCUGAGGGAGCAGGAAAGCAGUGGGAUGCAGACCCCAAAUUCUCAUAAACAAACAAACAAAAAAAAAAAACAGACCAGACUUAAUGGUCUGACUGAGACUAGAAGGACCCCGGUGGUCAUGGCCCCCAGACCUUCAGUUGGCCCAGGACAGGGACCAUUCCCAAAGCCCACUCUUAAGACAGGAAUUGGAGUGGACAAUGGGUUGGAGAGGGACGCUAAUGAAGAGAGAGCUUCUUCUAUCAGGUGGACAUUUGAGACUAUGUUGGCAUCUCCUGCCUGGAGGGGAGAUGAGAGGGUAAGUGGGGGUUAGAAGGUGGAGAAAUGGACAUGAAAAGAGACAGUGGAGGGAGAGAGCGGGCUGUCUCAUUAGGGGGAGGAGAGCAACUGGGAGUAUGUAGCAAGGUGUGUGUAAGUUUUCGUGUGAGAGACUGACUUGAUCUGUAAACUUUUACUUAAAGCACAGUGAAAAAUUUUUUAAAAAUUAAAUAAAAAGAUGGUUUCGGCCUUUAAGGAACUGUUUCAUGGUAAUAGGAAUUACUUGAUUGGGAAGGUUUAUGUGUGUGAUAUAAUGGAAUUCUAGAAGAAUUGCCUGUUGAAAAACAUUUAAAAAUUGGGGGGGGGGCGGUGGUGGUGGUGGUGGUAAAUGAACACAAUAGAUAUGCCUGUUAUUUGAAAUUUUCAUAUGUUUAAGAAUAAUACGAAAUUUCAGGUGAAUUCCAGUCUGACAAAGCAAGAAUUCUCACUUCCAAACCAAGGAAAUUAGCACUGUUUAUUAUUGAGAUUUGUACACAAGUACUUGACAUGUUUCUGUGACUGGAUAUUGCAAAGUAUUAUUGUUGAUCUUUUUUGUCAGAGGUUUACUUAAUUUACAUUGUGAAGUGUAUUAAAUAGAUUUGUAUGUCCUACUAAACAUAAGUAACAUUAUUUAAUCUUUAAACUCCAAAUAAUUAUCAUUUAUGGAAAUUCUUUGCAUUAAAUAGUUUUGUCUUUUCUUUCUUCCUCAGUAACAACUUUAAGGCCUUUUGAAGUAUCAUUAAAAAAAGAUGGAGAAACUGAAGCAGAGAUAAAUUAAAUAACUUGCCUCCAAAGUAACUUUCUUAUAAACAAGUUUUCAGUUUAAAUUUUCAACUGGCAAUUGGCCGAAAACUCCUGUCUGAAGACGUGAGCAUCCAAAUGCCAUUUUGUGGUUUGGCUACUGUCUGCUUGACAUAGGAAGGCCCUAUCAAGAAAGACUAAUGGAGUGACUAUCAAAAGGAAAUCAAUGGAAAAUCUUAAGCUUCCACCAUAAGAAGAUUAAAAAGAGGUCCCUCCUGCACCAAGAAAGAUCUGCAGAUCUUUUUCAGUGUUCUUGGAGGUGUGGGGUGUGAGAACUUGAUCAGUUUGUGUCAACCACCUUGUUCUCUAAAGGAAGAACAGUGUGGCAGAUGAAUGCCAUUCAGUAGGCGGCCCGUAUGAUUUUCCAUGGUUACAAAUUAUAAUACUGUGGUAGAAACAAAUUCAGAUUCAGAUGAUGAAGACAAACUCCAUAUUGUGGAAGAAGAAAGUGUUACAGAUGCAGCAGAUUGUGAAGGUGGUGUGCCCGAAGAUGACCUGCCAACAGACCAGACAGUGUUACCAGGGAGCAGCGAAAGAGAAGGAAGUGCUAAGAGCUGCUGGGAAGACGAUGGAAAGGAAAGACAAGAAAUCCUGGGGCCUGAAGCUCAGUCAGAUGAAGCUAGAUGUACAGUAAAAGAUGAUGAAUGUGACUCAGAUGCAGAAAAUGAACAAAACCAUGAUCCGAAUGUUGAAGAGUUCCUGCAACAACAAGACACUGCUGUCAUUUAUCCUGAGGCACCUGAAGAGGACCAGAGGCAGGGCACACCAGAAGCCAGCGGUCAUGAUGAAAAUGGAACACCAGAUGCAUUUUCACAGUUACUCACCUGCCCGUAUUGUGAUAGAGGCUAUAAACGCUUUACCUCUUUGAAAGAACACAUUAAAUAUCGCCAUGAAAAGAACGAAGAUAACUUUAGUUGCUCCCUGUGCAGUUAUACCUUUGCAUACAGAACCCAACUUGAACGUCACAUGACAUCACAUAAAUCAGGAAGAGAUCAAAGACAUGUGACGCAGUCUGGGGGUAAUCGUAAAUUCAAGUGCACUGAAUGUGGAAAAGCUUUCAAAUACAAACACCACCUAAAAGAGCACUUAAGAAUCCACAGUGGAGAGAAGCCAUAUGAAUGCCCAAACUGCAAGAAACGUUUUUCCCAUUCUGGUUCCUAUAGCUCCCACAUAAGCAGUAAGAAAUGUAUCAGCUUGAUGCCUGUGAAUGGGCGACCAAGAACAGGACUCAAGACGUCUCAGUGUUCCUCACCAUCUCUGUCAGCAUCACCAGGCAGUCCCACACGACCACAGAUCCGACAAAAGAUAGAAAAUAAACCCCUUCAAGAACAACUUUCUGUAAACCAAAUUAAAACUGAACCUGUGGAUUAUGAAUUCAAACCCAUAGUGGUUGCUUCAGGAAUCAACUGUUCAACCCCUUUACAAAAUGGGGUUUUCAGUGGUGGUGGCCCAUUACAGGCAACCAGCUCUCCUCAGGGUGUGGUGCAAGCUGUUGUUCUGCCAACAGUUGGUUUGGUGUCUCCCAUAAGUAUCAACUUAAGUGAUAUUCAGAAUGUACUUAAAGUGGCAGUAGAUGGUAACGUAAUAAGGCAAGUUUUGGAGAAUAAUCAAGCCAACCUUGCAUCCAAAGAACAAGAAACAAUCAAUGCUUCAUCCAUACAACAAGCUGGUCAUUCUGUUAUUUCAGCUAUCAGUCUUCCUUUGGUUGAUCAAGAUGGAACAACCAAAAUUAUCAUCAACUAUAGUCUUGAGCAGCCUAGCCAACUUCAAGUUGUUCCUCAAAAUUUAAAAAAAGAAAAUCUAGUCCCCACAAACAGUUGCAAAAGUGAAAAGUUACCAGAAGAUCUUACUGUUAAGUCUGAGAAGGACAAAAGCUUUGAAGGGGGAGUGAAUGAUAGCACUUGCCUUCUGUGUGAUGACUGCCCAGGCGAUCUCAAUGCACUUCCAGAGUUAAAGCACUAUGACCUAAAGCAGCCUGCGCAGCCGCCUCAGCUCCCUGCACCGGAAGCUGAGAGGCCCGAGUCCUCUGUUCCGUCAGGUACUGGAGAUGGUAAUUUGUCUCCCAGCCAGCCACCUUUAAAGAACCUCUUGUCUCUCCUAAAAGCAUAUUAUGCUUUGAAUGCACAACCAAGUGCCGAAGAGCUCUCAAAAAUUGCUGAUUCAGUAAACCUGCCGCUGGAUGUCGUAAAAAAGUGGUUUGAAAAGAUGCAAGCUGGACAGAUUUCAGUGCAGUCUUCUGAACCAUCUUCCCCUGAACCAGGCAAAGUUAAUAUGCCUGCAAAGAACAAUGAUCAGCCUCAAUCUGCAAAUGCAAAUGAACCCCGAGACAGCACAAUAAACCCACAAAGUCCUCUGAAGAUGACGAAAUCUCCAGUUUUAGCAGUGGGAUCAACCGUCAAUGGUUCCAGAAGUCGAACACCACCCCCAUCACCACUAAACCUUUCCUCAUCCAGAAAUACGCAGGGUUACGUGUACACAGCAGAGGGGGCACAAGAAGAGCCACAAGUAGAACCUCUUGAUCUUUCACUACCAAAGCAACAGGGAGAAUUACUGGAAAGGUCAUCCAUCACUAGUGUUUACCAGAACAGUGUUUAUUCUGUCCAGGAAGAACCCUUGAACUUGUCUUGUGCAAAAAAGGAGCCACAGAAAGAGUGUUGUGUUACAGACUCAGAACCAGUUGUAAAUGUAAUCCCACCAAGUGCCAACCCCAUAAAUAUUGCUAUACCUACAGUCACUGCCCAGUUACCCACAAUCGUGGCCAUUGCUGACCAGAACAGUGUUCCGUGCUUGCGAGCACUAGCUGCCAAUAAGCAGACGAUUCUGAUUCCCCAGGUGGCUUACACAUACUCAACUACCGUCAGCCCUGCAGUCCAGGAACCACCCUUGAAAGUGAUUCAGCCAAAUGGAAAUCAGGAUGAAAGGCAAGACACUAGCUCAGAAGGAGUAUCAAAUGUAGAGGAUCAGAAUGACUCUGAUUCCACACCGCCCAAAAAGAAAAUGAGGAAGACAGAAAAUGGAAUGUAUGCUUGUGAUUUGUGUGAUAAGAUAUUCCAAAAGAGUAGCUCUUUACUAAGACAUAAGUAUGAACACACAGGUAAAAGACCUCAUGAGUGUGGAAUCUGUAAAAAGGCAUUUAAACAUAAACAUCAUUUGAUCGAACACAUGCGAUUACAUUCUGGAGAAAAGCCCUAUCAAUGCGACAAAUGUGGAAAGCGUUUCUCACACUCUGGUUCUUAUUCUCAACACAUGAAUCAUCGCUACUCCUAUUGCAAGAGAGAAGCAGAGGAACGUGAUGGCACAGAGCAGGAAGAGACAGGACCAGAGGUCCUCACCAACGAGCACGUUGGUGCUAGGGCAUCUCCCUCGCAGGUCGACUCGGAUGAGAGAGAGAGUUUGACAAGGGAAGAGGAUGAAGACAGUGAAAAAGAGGAAGAUGAGGAGGAGGAUAAAGAGAUGGAAGAACUGCAGGAAGAAAGAGAAUGUGAGAAACCACAAGGGGAGGAGGAAGAAGAGGAGGAGGAAGAAGAGGUAGAAGAGGCAGAGAAUGAGGGAGAAGGAGCAAAACCGGAAGGUCCGAUGAAGGAUGACGGAGUUGUAAAUCAAGCAAGCAGCAUGGAGCAAAAAGUACAUCAGAAUAGUGAGCAAGUGUCUGAAGGAAAAACAAAUGAAGCCUAAUAGUUUUUCUAGAAGGAAAAUAAAUUCUAAUUGGUAAUGAAGUUUGUUCUAUAUAAUACAUGCUUUUCAUGGAAACACAGUAGCCUGUAUACUGUGAUUUCUGUUCACUACUGUGUAAAGUAAAAAUUAAAAAAAAAAAUUACAAAAUACAAAAAAAAAAAAAAAAAUACACAAAAAAAGAAA